CGUCACCCAUCACCUUUGCUUGCAGCUUACAGUCUUCUUUUACCAUCAUCGUUGCUUCGUUGCAUGAUAUAUAGUAAUAGUAAACUUCCUCCUCCUAAUAUUCAAGUUCAUUCAACAUGUUGGUCGCUGUUGUAGUUGCCUUGAUUGCGGCAGUGGUGGGGAUCUUUGGUUAUACAUCCAUUCCCACAGAACUCGGUCUCUACAGUGCCCUGGCGAGUUUCCAUCCCCCCUCGGUGGGGUUGACGCCGGCACUCACCUAUGGAAUUCCUUGGGGGUUCACUUGGGACGAGUUUUAUCAACAAAAUUUGACCGGUCAGACGGCCAUGGUAACGGGCGCCAACUCGGGCAUUGGAUUGGAUCUCGCCAGCUCUCUUGCCAAAGUAGGAGCCGAUGUCGUCAUGUUGUGUCGAAAUCCUCAAAAGUGCCACGAUGCCAAAUCCAAAAUACUACAAGAAGAGACGCCCAUCAAAGGAAACAUUAUUACCAUGACAAUGGAUACGGCAUCUCUGGCGUCUGUGCGGGCACUAGCAGAAGCCUAUAUCAGUGAGCAUGGCAACGACAAACGCAUUGACUUUCUGUUUCUGAACGCCGGUGUCGCGAGUUCCACGGAUCGAUACAACAAGUGUCCUACCAAGACAGAGGCGGAUCAACUGGACUAUCAUUUCCAGGUCAACUAUUUGAGUCAUCACUUGUUGUACCAUCUAUUGAAACCAUUUUUGUCGGAGGACGCCAAGAUUGUCCAAACAUCCUCCGCAUCCAGCUUUGUCUCAUUCACAUACAAGGUCGCCACCGAUCUCGAAACACUGCAUGGAUGCAGUGAACCACAAUUUGAGGGUGGCGGCAGCAAUAGUGCGCUGAAUCUCGCGUAUGGACAAUCCAAAUUGGCACAAAUCUUGUGGGUCAAAAAAUUGACGCGACUGCUGGAACCAGAACAAUCCAAAAUUAGGGCGAAUGCUUUUCAUCCCGGACUGACGCAUACUCCCGGAGUGGGACGCAUGGCGGAUUCGGAUCAGUUGGCAGGAUGGGAACAAGUCAUGCUCAAGCACAUGUUACAAAAGGCGUGGCAGUCCCCAGAUGGGGCAUUGACCGGACUCUAUUUGGCGACUGGUACUAGCAAAAAUGACAUUCGAGGACGGUACUUUCAUCCGCAGAGUCAAGAAGUCGUCAAUCCCAUGGCAUUGGAUGAAAAGCUCCAAGAUGACGUUUGGGCGUUUUCGGAUGAGUUGGUCAAAGCAUACAUGACGCCAAUCCAGGUUCCCUCCCAAUCUACGACUAGUAGUGACGCGGAUGACGAUGAGACCACUGAUGGUGGUGGCAAUGGAUCAGACCAAGCUGCUGAUCAGCCACCCGUUGAACAAGCGGCCGAGAUUAUAGAAAACGAGGAAUCAGAAACAACAGAAGAAGCCAUUCCAGAAGAUGUAACUGAAGUGAAAGUCCCGAUUGAGGACGCAGAGCCAGAUGCUGGGGUAGAAAUUGAAGAGGAAGCACAAGAUGCAGAUGCGGAGCCAGAGGUCGGAGGAGAAGAAAGUUCAGAAGAAGCAGGAGAUGUCACCACGAAACAAGAAGGAGAACCUAUGUUGUAGAGACUACCGAAGCUGCAGAAUAGAUGAUGAUUGCCAGAAGGGCAGCCCCUGAUAAAACGAAGGAGGGGUAGAUCAAUAGUACAAGCGAGAAACACAAAAGCAAAUUCAAGGCAUCAAGUUGUACAGCAGGUGCUGCAUUGGGUUAUUCCUUCACUGCUGGUAAAGAGAGCAGUCCAUCUAGCUAGCUAUAGGCUUGUUCACCCUAUC